CCCCGGAAGGCGCCGGUGGGAGCCGCGGGCGUGCGUGGCGGCCGGUCGGCGAAGCCUGGCCUAGGGUUUUUCUCACGGUGGGCGCAGCCAUGAGUCGCAACUACAAUGACGAGCUGCAGUUCUUGGAAAAGAUCAAUAAAAACUGCUGGAGAAUCAAGAAGGGCUUCGUCCCCAACAUGCAGGUUGAAGGAGUUUUCUAUGUGAAUGAUGCUCUGGAAAAAUUAAUGUUUGAGGAACUAAGGAAUGCCUGUCGAGGUGGUGGUGUUGGUGGCUUCCUGCCAGCCAUGAAACAGAUUGGCAAUGUGGCAGCUCUUCCUGGGAUUGUUCAUAAAUCUAUUGGACUUCCUGAUGUCCAUUCAGGUUAUGGGUUUGCUAUUGGGAAUAUGGCAGCCUUUGAUAUGAAUGACCCUGAAGCAGUGGUGUCCCCAGGUGGCGUAGGAUUUGACAUCAACUGUGGUGUCCGCUUGCUAAGAACCAACUUAGAUGAAAGUGAUGUCCAGCCUGUGAAGGAGCAACUAGCCCAAGCUAUGUUUGACCACAUCCCUGUUGGAGUGGGAUCAAAGGGUGUCAUCCCAAUGAAUGCCAAGGACUUAGAGGAGGCCUUGGAGAUGGGUGUAGACUGGUCCUUAAGAGAAGGCUAUGCAUGGGCUGAAGACAAGGAACAUUGUGAAGAAUAUGGAAGGAUGCUGCAAGCUGACCCCAAUAAGGUCUCUGCAAGGGCUAAGAAAAGAGGCCUUCCUCAGUUGGGAACCCUGGGAGCAGGCAACCACUAUGCAGAAAUCCAGGUUGUGGAUGAGAUUUUCAAUGAGUACGCUGCUAAGAAAAUGGGCAUCGAUCAUAAGGGACAGGUGUGUGUGAUGAUCCACAGCGGAAGCAGAGGAUUGGGCCACCAAGUAGCCACAGAUGCACUGGUUGCUAUGGAAAAGGCCAUGAAGAGAGACAAGAUUAUUGUCAAUGACCGCCAGCUGGCUUGUGCACGAAUUGCGUCCCCCGAGGGUCAGGACUAUCUCAAGGGAAUGGCAGCUGCUGGGAACUACGCCUGGGUCAACCGCUCUUCCAUGACCUUCUUAACCCGUCAGGCUUUCGCCAAGGUCUUCAACACAACCCCUGACGACUUGGACCUACAUGUGAUCUAUGAUGUUUCUCACAAUAUUGCCAAAGUGGAACAGCAUGUGGUAGAUGGAAAGGAACGGACGCUGCUGGUACACCGCAAGGGGUCCACCCGCGCUUUCCCUCCUCACCACCCGCUCAUUGCCGUUGAUUACCAACUCACAGGCCAGCCAGUGCUGAUUGGUGGCACCAUGGGAACCUGUAGUUACGUUCUUACCGGCACUGAACAGGGCAUGACUGAGACUUUUGGAACAACCUGUCAUGGAGCGGGCCGUGCAUUGUCCCGAGCCAAGUCUCGACGUAAUUUAGAUUUCCAGGAUGUGUUAGACAAAUUGGCAGAUAUGGGCAUUGCAAUUCGUGUUGCCUCACCCAAACUGGUUAUGGAAGAGGCUCCUGAGUCCUACAAGAACGUGACCGACGUGGUGAACACCUGCCACGAUGCUGGAAUCAGCAAGAAGGCCAUUAAACUGAGACCAAUUGCUGUUAUCAAAGGCUAGAACCCUGACCCAGGCUGACAGAUGCCCCUGACCCUCGCUGAAGUGGACUGAACUGAAACACUCUUUAAACAUCAGCCUCCAGAGACUUGACAGGUUCCUUUGCGUGCAGUUAUAGCUGCAUUUUGCAUCAGAAAUGACUGACAGGAGGUGAUUGCUUUCAGGAGCAGGUGUUCUAAAUGACCUGGCAGGAGUCACAUUGCCCCCAGUGAAAAGGGGUUUCAUAUGCAUCUUCCUUCAUUGUCCCACAGAUUUUCAGCAGAUCUAUUAGGGAGUGGGGAUGAGUCAAGAAAUAGUCUUACUCAGUCAUGUAAGUCUUUAAUCAUCAAAAUGAACUUCUUCACACCAAGCUCUAUUUACAUCCUGGGAGGUGUCAUGAAGAAUGUUCUAUUAAAAAAGCUUGUAAUGUUUUCUUUGUUCCCUCCCUCUGUCAGUUUGUCCUUCAUUCACCCAUCCACCCACUUCCCCUGCAGUGAGCUAAACUCAAUACCACUUUUACUUAGAGAAUACCACCAUGGUCAUGUCAAGAUCUUAGAUAGAAAUAGAUAAUAAGACAGAUUGAAGAGGGAAUGUGUGUGGAGGUGUGAGACUAGGGACCCAAAAGAGAAAAUAAUUUUUCAUAGACUUGCCACCUUUCUUAUUCUAAAUAUAAGGCAGGUUUUAACUUACCUGCAAAGUGGUAUCUGUUGGAGUCACAGCAGUGACCCCUCACAUGAUACUGAACAUCUCUACAUUCCUCAUUAAAUUGUUAUGAAAGCACUAAACGACCACGGCUGUGAUGUUGACGGUUGCUCUGUGUUGAUGGGCUGCCUAGUCUUGUGCCACCUAAUCAGAAUUCAUGUUCUGUACUGCUCUAUAAAUUUAACAAAGAUGUUGAAAUUAUAGGUUACUAAGGCCUUGGUAGAGUUUAAAUAGCCAGUAAAAUGGAAAAGCUAAUUAAAUUACAGUAUGUUGUUUAUAUUUUGUGCUAAAUUCAUUGUAGCUUAGGACAAUUAGAUUUGAAUUUGAUUUACUUUACUCUUUUCUGAUUUUCUCCCAGGUUGUUUUCAGAGACUCAUCCUAAAACUUUUCUUUCCUAAAACAUCCCUCAAUUUAUAAUCAAAGGUCCCGUUGGAGUAUCUGCAGAGGCUGGGGAAAAGAUGUUUAGACGGCUGGGGAAAAGACUUCCUCUGAAAAGCGUAUGUUGUAAAAUAGUAUAACAUGUCUUCACACCACACACUCAGUAACAUAAGCAUUUUUGACGAUAGAGUUUAAAAAGUUAUCAAUAAAUAAGUUAAGGAUCUUAAUACAGUAACUACGGAUUACUCAGGCCUUCAGACAGAACCAGUGGCUGUUCUGCACAGGUAAGUUAAGGAUACAAGUUAACAUUGAACACCAAAGCCACUUAAAGGUGUGAAGCAGGCUUCCAGCAGGUGCUAGAUUCUCUGGAGAUGAGACACCCCUGGAGUGUCUGUGGACUCCCUCGACUAGGCUUGCCUAAUGACACAUCAUUGAAACAAUUCAAAGCUAGAACCGCUCCCAAAACUAACUGCUGUCAUGGUCAGAAAUGUUGCAGCUCACCUUAAAUACUUAGGUGAAUGUUAUUAGAUGCUUUGAAAGUUAGCUUCAGGAAGGUGAGAGAGGAGCAGGUGAAAAGAAUGGUUUUUACAGUGGCCUUUGUGCUUUAUAAGCCCUUUUUUAAUAUGUAGCAUUUCUAGUGAACUUGGCCCUGUUCAUUUUUAACAGUAGAAAGUAAUGGUUAAUAUUUUGAGUUAAAAAAGAAAAGUAUAAAUACUGCUUUCCUUGUUCUAAAGAUGUUAUUUUCCCAUUUGAGACCAAAAAAAAAAAAAAACUUAAAAAAUAAAUGUUCAAAUGAAACUGAGGUAACUG